GAUAACAUUUCUGUGAUCAUUUUUGAGAGAAAAUUUUGAAAAAAAAAUCUUGUAUCAUAUUAUGGAGGAUACUGUUAUGGAGCUAAGAAGCAGUACUAGUCUUGUAUCAGUAAAAGAAGAUCAUCAAGAGAAUAAACAACAGGUGGGAGCUACUGAUAAAUUAGCAUCAUCACCUAGUUGUACUGUAGAGAUUGAUCAAAAAGAGGAAGAUCGUAAUAUUGAAAUCAAGGACCACCAAGAGCUCGAGUCCACCAAAGUUGAAAUGAAUGAGGUGAGAAAAGAAAACGAAAGAUUAAAGUUGGUUCUAGCUCGAAUCCUAGAGGAUUAUCAAUCUCUGCAAAAGCAUUUGGUUGAAGCUGUUCAGCGCGGUGAACAAACUCAAACAAAUUCUGGUGCUACUCUACAAACAUUUCCUUUCCGCCAAACAUUGCCGAUGAUACAAGCACAAGAAGAAUCUGAACUUGUUUCUCUUAGUCUUGGAAGAACUAUAUCAUCAUCAAGUGACAAAUUUAGCAACUACUUGAGCAAGUUUCAUAAAAAAGAGACCGACGAAGACAAACUUAGUAAAGAAGGCAAUUUAUCUCUUGGUUUAGACUGCAAAUACGAGCCCGAUAGUAGUAACAGUACAUCGGUAGAUCCAGUAAUGAUAUACCCGAGCCCGGAGAAUAGCUUCGACAAUGAUGACCCAAAGGAAGAUGCGGGAGAAAAAUGGCAAACGACUAAUAAUGCAACUAGUAAUGGAAAGGCGGUUAUUAGAAGCCGUGAUGAUGAAGUUUCACAACAACAACAAAACCCUGUAAAGAAACCAAGAGUUUCUGUUAGAACAAGAUGCGAAACCCCGACGAUGAAUGAUGGAUGCCAAUGGAGGAAAUACGGUCAGAAAAUCUCUAAGGGAAAUCCAUGUCCACGGGCAUAUUAUCGUUGCACCGUUGCUGCUGGAUGCCCGGUACGAAAACAGGUGCAAAGAUGUGCUGAAGAUAAGUCAAUACUAAUCACAACUUACGAAGGAAACCAUAGCCACCCCCUUUCGGUUUCAGCUUCAGCCAUGGCUUCUACCACUUCUGCUGCGGCUUCCAUGCUUAUGUCAGGUUCUUCGAACUCUAGACUAGCCUUAGCAAGUGGCAGCAGUGGAUAUACUACAACUUCAGCCAAUCUCCAUGGAUUGAACUUUAGUAAUCUAUCCUCAUCAUCCGCAACAGGAUCUAAACAAAUAUUCUAUAUACCAAAUUCAUCGGUUUCUUCAGCUUCAUCAUCAAACCCUACAAUCACUCUUGAUCUUACAACACCCUCAUCUUCUUCUUUAUCAUCUCUUUCUCAUCUAAACAGACCAUCUUCCAACAACAACUAUCCUACAUCAACACAUAAAUAUUCUUCAACAAGUUUCAAUUUUUCAUCACCAUCGUUCGAUCAAUCAAAAAGUUUUACCACUUUACCAACAAGCUGGAGUAACGGGUAUUUGAGCUAUGGAUCAAAUCAUCAACCCUACAAAUUACAAAACCAAACUGGAUCCUUAAACUUCUCAUCAUCAAGACACACCCAAGAUCAUCAAUUUUAUCAAAAAUAUCCAUCACUGAAUAAGAACAGUAUUAGUACCAACCCUUCUGUUGCCCAACAGUCUUUAACAGAGGAUACUAUUGCAGCUGCUACGAAAGCAUUAACCUCAGAUCCGGUUUUCCAGUCUGCAUUAGCAUCUGCUGUUACAUCUAUUGUUGGACCUGGUGGUAGUGGUAAAUGGCCAAGCACGGAUCAUUAAUUUCCUAUCAUUUCUACUCGUCCGACAAUGUUGAACGGAAAUGGAUGCGGAUCAAGUUAUAUGAAUGUAUCGUCUGUGUCAGCUUUGGCAUCAACAUCUUCUUCAAGUAAUCAACAAGGGAUGUCAAUGUUUCUGCAAUCCUCAGCUGCAUUACCAUUUUCUUCUGGCACUAAGAGCACAACAUCCGGUUCUCCUAGUAUGGAUGAUAGUAUUAGAGAUCAUAGUUAGAUAUGAAUUCCUUCGGUAAAGGUAGGUUACAACAGAUUUCUUAUUUGGGAAGGAUUAUAAAAGGGUUGAUUUUAUGGUUUCAUUAAUUUUUAUUCAGGUGUUAUUGGACGCCUUCAAUUUAGGUGUAAACUAGUUCUUAACCGGUGCCAGGAAGAUUGUAUAUACGAUUGUGCAUGAAAAUGUAACGAGUAGUAUUCCUUCUAUUGGUUGAAAUUUUAAAUCUUAAAUCUGUGGUACUUUGAGAACUUACUUGUAGAAGUCGAAAAACCAGAAGUUAGUUUGUCUACGCAA